AAGGCAGCUCGCUCGGGGAUGUCCUGGGCUGAGCUGCUGUUUGGGAAGGGGACCCUGGCAGCCUCAUGGAGGUCCAGAGACAAGGCCAGGUCGAAGUUGGAGGCUGGGGGCACGCAGCAGAGUGAGCCUGCCCGGCACCCAGAAGAGGUUGCUGAGCCCCGGGCCAUGGUCCCCUCUCGCAGGACGUGGAAUUUGGGAGCCACGCCUUCACUGCGGGGCCUGUGGAGAGUGGGCCGGGUCCAGGAGCCCAAGCCUGGGAUGGCUCGCCCCGCCCCAGCCAGCCCAGCCUCCCGCCCUUUCCCACACACCAGCCAGGGGAGGUUGAGAACUGGGCGUGGAAAAGAUACCCUAACUGGUGGUAGCGAGGAAGACUCCACGGCCCGUACUGCAGCUCGUCCGUCUCUAGCACAGUGCCGUGCCCUCAGCGUGGACUGGCCUGGCCCUCGGAGUCCCCAUAGGCUCUACCUGACAGUGCAGCAGGCCCUACAGGACAAGGGGUGCGAGAGCAAGAGUCAGGGGACGAAAGAAGACAAGCUCCCGAAGAGGCAGGCGCUGGCCCCCAGGCGGGACCGGGAGGCCCCAGAAGCUGGUGGUACCAUGAAUGUAGAAAAAACAGGUGGGCGGCUCUUUGGCAUCGGGAGGUGCUCAAGCCUGUCGGGGUCACCAGGCCCAGACCCCGUGGUACAUAGGACCGUGGAGGCCAUGUCCCAGCUUCAGGAGGAGCUGGUAGUCCUUCGGGAGAGGCUGGCCCUCCAUGACAGUGACCGGCAAGCCACAACCACCCAGCUGCAGAACCAGGUGGAGAGUCUAAAAGAAAAGCUCAUUAGCCAGGCCCAGGAAGUAAGCCGACUGCGAUCAGAACUGGGAGGCACUGACGCAGAAAAGCACCGGGAUAGGCUGAUGGUGGAGAAUGAGCAGCUAAGGCAGGAGCUGAGACGCUGUGAGGUGGAGCUGCAAGAGCUUCGGGCACAGCCGGUGGUGCCCUGUGAGGGCUGUGAGCACAGCCAGGAGAGCACCCAGCUCCGUGACAAGCUGUCCCUGCUGCAGUUGGAAGUGGCUGAGAACAAAGGCAUGCUGUCGGAACUGAACCUGGAGGUGCAGCAGAAGACCGACCGGCUAGCCGAGGUGGAGCUGCGUCUCAAGGACUGCUUGGCUGAGAAGGCACAGGAGGAGGAACGGCUCAGCCGGCGCCUGCGUGACAGCCACGAGACUAUCGCCAGUCUGAGGGCCCAGUCCCCACCUGUUAAGUAUGUCAUCAAGACGGUGGAGGUGGAGUCAUCCAAGACCAAGCAGGCCCUCAGCGAGUCCCAGACCCGGAACCAGCACCUGCAGGAGCAAGUGGCCAUGCAGCGGCAGGUGCUUAAAGAGAUGGAGCAGCAGCUGCAGAACUCCCAUCAGCUGACAGUACAGCUGCGGGCUCAGAUUGCCAUGUAUGAGGCAGAGCUGGAGAGGGCACAUGGGCAGAUGCUGGAGGAGAUGCAGUCCCUGGAGGAGGAUAAGAACCGGGCCAUUGAGGAGGCCUUUGCGCGGGCCCAGGUGGAGAUGAAGGCAGUACACGAGAACCUGGCAGGUGUCAGAACCAACCUGCUAACGCUGCAGCCUGCACUGAGGACCCUCACCAAUGACUACAAUGGGCUCAAGCGGCAGGUGCGGGGCUUCCCCCUGCUGCUGCAGGAGGCUCUCAGGAGUGUCAAAGCUGAGAUUGGUCAGGCCAUUGAGGAGGUUAACAGCAACAACCAGGAGCUGUUGCGCAAGUACCGCCGGGAGCUGCAGCUGCGCAAGAAAUGCCAUAAUGAGCUGGUACGGCUGAAGGGAAAUAUCCGGGUGAUUGCACGAGUCCGGCCAGUCACCAAGGAGGAUGGGGAAGGACCUGAGGCAACCAAUGCUGUGACCUUUGACCCUGACGAUGACUCCAUCAUCCACCUUCUGCACAAGGGCAAGCCUGUGUCCUUCGAACUGGACAAGGUCUUCUCCCCGUGGGCCUCACAGCAGGAUGUGUUCCAGGAGGUGCAGGCCCUCAUUACCUCCUGCAUCGAUGGCUUCAAUGUCUGCAUCUUUGCUUAUGGCCAGACAGGUGCUGGAAAGACAUAUACGAUGGAGGGGACCCCCGAGAACCCAGGGAUUAAUCAGCGGGCCCUGCAGCUGCUCUUCUCUGAGGUGCAGGAGAAGGCAUCCGACUGGCAGUACAAUAUCACCGUCAGCGCAGCGGAGAUUUAUAAUGAGGUCCUCAGAGACCUGCUGGGCAAAGAGCCUCAGGAGAAGCUGGAGAUCCGCCUGUGCCCUGAUGGCAGCGGGCAACUGUAUGUGCCAGGGCUGACCGAGUUCCAGGUGCAGAGUGUGGAUGACAUCAACAAGGUAUUUGAGUUUGGCUACAACAACCGCACCACAGAGUUCACCAACCUGAAUGAACACAGCUCCCGCUCCCACGCGCUGCUCAUCGUGACAGUGCGAGGCGUCGACUGCAGCACAGGCCUCCGCACCACGGGGAAGCUGAACCUGGUGGACCUGGCUGGCUCAGAGCGUGUGGGCAAGUCAGGGGCUGAGGGCAACCGUCUGCGAGAGGCUCAGCACAUCAACAGGUCACUGUCAGCCCUGGGAGAUGUCAUUGCUGCUCUGCGGUCACGACAGGGCCAUGUACCCUUCCGCAACUCCAAGCUCACCUACCUGCUGCAGGACUCGCUCAGCGGUGACAGCAAGACUCUCAUGGUGGUACAGGUAUCCCCAGUGGAAAAGAACACCAGUGAGACUCUGUACUCCCUCAAGUUUGCUGAGAGAGUUCGCUCCGUGGAGUUGGGCCCUGGGUCCCGCCGCACAGAGCUGGGUUCCUGGUCAAGCCAGGAGCAUCUGGAGUGGGAGCCAGCUUGCCAGACACCGCAGCCUUCAGCACGGGCCCAUUCUGCCCCUGGCUCUGGGACCAGUAGCCGCCCAGGCUCCAUCCGAAGGAAGCUGCAACCAUCGGCCUGACGGCUGGGGCUGCAAUCUCCAGGGAAGUUGAGGCCAGUGCCUGUGUGAGGAUGUGCCAUGCUGCCAGGCUUACGGCCGGGCCCUGUGGCCUGGCUACCUGCUGUAACACCCACCAUGGAUGCAAAAGAGGGGCCAGGGUGGAGACUCUCUUGCCCUGCCUCUCCUCAGAGAUGACAAACAUGUUCAGAGAAGGAAGCGAGUCUCUGUGUGGCUCUGGGAACCCAAGCAUGGGCUUCUGGAAGGGCGGUAGGCCAAGGCCAUGGAAGUCCAGCCCUUGCAGGGAGGGUGGGCCCUCUCCCCAUCAGGCCUGGGGCUGGGUGUUCCCUACUAAUGGGGAAGGAAGGCUGAGGAACCAGCUCGGGGCUUGUGGGAGCAAGACCAUCUCUGCCUGCCCUCCUGAGGAGAGAGCCCUCACUAGGGCUGUAUAUAAUGUUCUAGAUGUACAUAGGAGCCCUCGCCCUGUCAGGGGUCUGGGUUAUAUUUAUGGCUGGCAGAGGCCAGUGGAAGGAAAGGCUGGGCCCUGCUCAUCUGCCUGAAACCAGGCACUCUCCCUGCCCCACUGAGUCUCAACACGUUCCUCCCCCCAAAUCCUAUUUAAGAACUUUUGGAAGCUUAGCCAUUUUUACUUAUUAAAAUUAAUGUCUUUUUAUACAAGCAUAAUCUGAAUCAUUGGGGAUUGGGAGACCAUGGAGAGUGGAGUAUUGCAUGCCCUGUUGCUCCCUAUUGCCAGGUGACCAUGCAGACUCCAGGAGCCAGGAGUUCUCCUGCCCCC